AUGCAUGCGCGGCCGAGCCCGCAAGGUUGGAGCCAGUGGCCCGUGACGGUCUCAGCGCAAGCCGCGGCAACUUCGCCACAAGUUCAGGCGGUUCAGGGGUCACGGAGUCAGGGCGCAGCACCGCCCUUCCCGUGCUUACCGACUAGCCUGAGCAGGCAGCAUUUGCCAGAUCGGGAGCCAGGCUCUUUCACCCCUCCUGCAGGCGUGGCCGGCUUCGGCCCCCCAGCCAGCCGUGUCCCCAGCCGGCAAGGGACGCCACCCUCAACAGCCCGUGCGACAUCUCCCGAGAAUCCAACUGCCGUCAUUGUGGCAUCCAAUCAGGGGCGGGGUAUCCUUCCCACGAUCUCCGGGCAAAACGUCCCAGCCACGGUCUUUCUCGGACCAGGGCGGUCGGCUCAAGUGGCAGCCGCGUGGAGUGGAGGAAAGUCCCGCAACCUGCAGGUCCUAUCCUUCGUGCCGGGGUAUGGAGUCCCAGCCGAUUGUGAGGUGAAACCUGCAGCUCCGGAGUUUGAGAGGCCCAGCACGGAGCGUCCUCGGGCGGCUCGGGCAUCUACCUUCCAGGUCGCAAAGACAGCUUCUCGGUUCCUGCGCCGCAUGCGCGCGCUGCGCGUGGGCGCAGGCGACGGCGAGCUCCGGGCCGCCCCAGCCGCGGCCGGGGCCCAGACCCAGGCCUCGAAGGCGCGGCGCGGCCGCUCGCAGUGCGAUGCAGCACGAGAUGUGCAGAGACAGGUGUCCUUGCGUGUGUGUAACUGUGGGGAUGCAGUUCCGGUACUCGCACAGCCUGAUCGACGCAACUGGCCUCGCGCCAUUCAGACGACACCAUACCGGAGGCGGCCUGGCCGGAGCGUCGGCUCCAUGCCGCCGGGGAGGAGCACUCAGAAGACGAGCGUGGCCCUCGUCCGACACUUCUUGAAUACCUGCGAUGCUGAAGAUUGCAGGCGUGCACGGCUCCAGCGCGAGCUGCGCAUGCGAGAGGAAAGGCUCGAGGGCCGCGAGCGCAACGUGACCGCCCGCGAGUCCGACCUGGUCUCUCGUGAGAAGCGCGUCGCCGACAGGGAGGCCGACUUGGCGAAGAUGUUCGAUCGGCUCACCGAGCGGGAGGAGCAGCAGCGGAAGGAAAGCCAAAGUCGCCUGGCAGAGCUCAGCUCCAAGGAGGAGGGCCUGAAACUGCAGCUUCAGGACGCUCGGGACCGCAACGCCGACCUGCACUGCCGACAAGCAGACCUGGACCAGCGCGAGGCCAAGCUGCGAGCUGAGGAGGAGAGAGAGCGCUGCCGGGAUCUAAAGCGUGGUCUUGACGAACGGGAUGCUCGCUGGCACGAGGCUGCGAAGGAUGCCUCGCUGGUCCUGAAACCGCACCUGAAGCCGCGCAUGUCACCCCGCGGCAAAGAGAAUGUCGAGCUGCAGCGGCAACUGGAGGAGCAGCGGGGGCUCAUGCACAAAAUCAAGCGUAAGCAGGACAGCUGGGCAGCUGAAGGCUUGGAAGAAAGUGGCCGCGGCCACCGCGACAGCUUCGGCAGCGAGGAGACGGUCACCGGACCCGGCUACUGA